AUUCUCUCACUUCCCUCAUUUUUGUUCUUCUUUUUUUCUCUUCAGCCAUUAAGGGAAAAAAAAAAAAAUCCCCUUCUUUCUUAUUUAAAAUUUUGAUUAAAAAAAUAUGGGUUCAAAAAAACCCUAUUUUCUAGCAGUUUCAACACAGAUUUUUCUAGCAGGAAUGAGUCUUCUUUCUAAAGCAGCGUUUGCUUCUGGCAUGAAUACCUUUGUCUUUGUCUUCUACAGACAAGCUGCUGGAGCUGUUUUUUUCCUUCCUCUUAUGUUCUUUUUGAAAAGAAAAGAGAGCCGAUCUCUUUCUCUUAAAGAUUUCUUGAAGAUUUUCGCGAUUUCGUUGAUUGGGAUGACUAUUGGAUUUAAUGCCUAUGGUGUGGCUGUUGAUUAUACAUCUGCAAAUUUGGGAGCUGCUGCAUUUAAUUGCCUCCCUGUCACAACAUUUCUCUUCGCUGUUUUAUUAAGGAUGGAGAAAGUAAAGUUAAGAACAGUGGCUGGGAUGGCAAAAGCUUUUGGAAUAUUAGUUUGCAUUGGAGGAGUGAUCACACUUGCAUUCUACAAAGGUCCUUAUUUGAAGCCACUCAUCAACCAUCACCUUUUGAAUUUCCACAAAUCUCAUGCUCAUCAACCUCAUUCCCAUUCUUCUAGAACUUGGAUUAUCGGCUGUUUUCUUCUCUUCAUCUCCAGUAUCUCUUGGGGUUUGUGGUUUGUUCUUCAGGCUCAUUUUCUCAAGACUUAUCCAUCACCACUGGAGUUUAUAAGUUACCAAACACUGUUAAGUGCAGCUCAAUCUUUUGUGAUCGCCAUUGCAAUGGAAAGAGACCCUUCUGAGUGGAAGUUGGGUUGGAACAUUCGGCUUCUUGCUGUUAUUUACUGCGGAGUUCUUGUAACUGUUGUUUCAAAUUUCUUGCAAUGUUGGGUAAUCAAAGAGAAGGGGCCAGUUUUUCAAGCCAUGACAACGCCAUUGAAUGUCAUUGCCACUAUUAUUGGCUCUGAAUUGCUUUUAGGUGAAGGAAUCAACUUGGGAAGUCUCAUUGGUGCAAUUUUGUUGGUGGUGAGCCUUUACAGUGUAUUAUGGGGAAAAAGCAAAGAGCUCAACAUGAUUGAUAAUAGAAAUAGUAAUAAUAAUCAUUCAGAUGUAUUUGUUUCACCUGAAUUACCAAAAGAUUUGUCAGAGAUGAGACCAACUGCUGAGCCAUAGAUACUAAGUAUAAUUAAUUAUUUGCUAAUUAAGCAUAUCAUAUGGUUUCUCCUUCAAAUUGUCUUUAAAAGUUUUGUGUAGUAUUUUCUAAUAUUUAUAUAUGCAUCAAAAUUAGAACCCUUAAAGUAGUUUCUCAAAAUUGUAUCAAUCUGUGUAUAUUUAAUAGAAAAGUUGGAUCAGAGCUCAUAUAAUUGUUUUGUUGUGCAA